GUUGCACCAUGGAUGUCAACUACCCAAAGUUCUAUUCGCUCAAGCCUAGGUACAUAUCUGGUCCUGAAGUCACUGAUGCCAUUGGAAAAGAGGAUUCUGACAUACCGGCUUCAGCUCAUCCAACUCACGUUCCGGCAUUGUGUUCCGAACGAUUGAGUUGGAUGAAAGCCAAUGAUGUGAAUCAUUCAGAGCCGUAUCAGUUGAUACGUAAUAGAAAGUUCGAGUAUCUCUCAUUUCUUCUGGAUACGAAACUGUCAAAACUAGACAAGUACCAGAAGGAUUUUGAUGAUGGGACCAACCGUGUAGCUUACUAUGCUCUUCCUUUCUUCUCGUGCUCAUCGCUGAACCAGCUAAUUAGCCUGAUGCGCCGGAUGAUCACCGUUGCUAGAUGGGCGGAAAUAGCGAGAUGCACUAGCCCUCAGGUGCUUGGUUGGGUUGUGACAGUUUCUAAGAAUCUGAUGCCGAGGUUUGAUGCGUUAUUCAUCCGCCUUCCAUCGCAAGAGGAUGAACCGGAACACUGGUGUCGAGUCUCUUCCGAACUAUACCUUGCAGCUCAGCAAGUGUUGGGAUUACUCCAACAAAUGAAGGAAGCAAGAGUGAAGCUUGCACGCAUUCAUGUAAGUCUUGGGAUUGUGCCUAGUGAUGAGGACAAGUUCAUGAUGAGGGAACUCAAAGCUGAGAUUGAACUCUGGAGGCCUAUUGAAAGGGAGGCACUAAAGUGGAUUGGGGAGUGUUAGAAGCUUUAAAACAUAACAAGGAGAAUUAGAUUAU